CAUUAAGCGGUUAGGACAUCCAUACGCUUUGCGACAAUCAGCGAGUGCAGACCAUAGUUGAAACAGUUCUGUCAUUGAAUUUUCAUAAGAAGCGACAAAAUGUUCAAAUUGGUGGCAUUAUUCUUUCUUGUUACCGCCGUUGUAGGCAAAGUAACCGUAAAGCGGGAAAGCCCAGACAACCUUGAGAGCACUGAAAUCCAUUUAUCGCCAACACUUUAUUCGACCUCGAUAAUACACGAACCCACUUUGGCCAAAGUAGGCGAUUUGGUUCACAGUGUGCCCACAGCUGUGUCUCAUCAGAGUUCUACCAUCGUUCACAAUCGCGCCAAUGUUGUUACACCAAUCGUAGCGCCGGCAGUAAAGACACACGUCACACCAGUUAUCAGUUCGUAUCUAUCGCCAGUGGUGCGUUCUUAUCCAGACAUCUAUCCAUACAACUACUACUACAACUUCUAUCCAUAUAAUACCUACAAAAGCAUCUACUAAACUUUUGAUGGUUGUGGAUAAAAUGGACAAAAGUGACUUACUCGAAAUAAUGUUAAAACGAAAAAAAAAAUUGUAAUAAACAAGUAAUUUUUAAGCAAAAACCAAACCGACUUCAAUUAUCAUAUAAGUACAUUUCUUCAUGAUCCAAUAACAGAAUCUAAACCAAAUUAGCAUGGAACCAGCUCUUGGGUACCACAUUUCCUUUAAAAAAA